AUGUCCACCAAUGACAACACAACAACGACACCUUCAUUUAUAAAAACAAAACCUACAAGCAGACCAAGGUUGGCUAACUUGCCUAUUCAACGACAGAGACAGAAAGAAGAGGAAAAAGAAGAGAGAGAAGCUAUAGAGAUUCAACUUGAUAAAGGUCAGACACACCAUGUUCAGCAAGAGAUCGUGAUUGUCAUUGCUGCUGCCAUUCUACUCAACAUACUGUAUAUACCAAAGUGGCAAAGCAUUGUUUGGCUUAUCACACUCUAUUCAUGGUUCGGCUGGACCGAUCGUUGGACAUUGGUGUAUGCACGCUACACAACACUUUUGCUGCUUUUGACGCAUAAUACAUCUUGGUUAUACAAGCUUAUGCCGCUCACAAGCGCACUAUUAUUCUAUAUUGCCGAACGUAUCUUGAAUGCAGCUCAUCUUGAUCUUGAGCACCAGACACGACAACACGAAUCAAACGUAAAGGAAGCUAUCCGUGACUAUAGUCAGAGACGAGCGGUAUUCUUGGCAGUAACAUCCCAAGAAAUCAAGGAUGCAGCAGUCAUGAUCAUGUCUACACUCGAACAAUUUGCGCCUCCUUCUAUCUUGUCAAAUACAUAUGAACUCUUGAGCGCAUGCUCUAUGGCAGUACCCAUCACGACUAUAUCUGCCAUCAACACAACCGUCAAACAAGCCUGCCAUAUUGGAUCUCAUCUGAAGGUACUAUCAAGCAUGCUGAGCGAACACGUUAAGAGCGAGUCAGUAGAGACAACCGUGAAUGAACCAUUUGAUGUGGGAGAGCUAGUGCAGAACGUAGGCGAUGCAUUAGCAGGAAUGUCUGCCAAAUUGGGUGUUCAUUUUGUGAUUUAUCACAUGGAUAAUGGACUGCAUUAUUCGACAAUCAUAGGAGACGAAGAUGCUACGAGACAUACACUAGUUCAUCUACUUCGUAACAUGCUCGAGGGAUGUACGCCUGGUGCAUGUAUCGAGUUUGGACUUAAUAUCGUUUCGAUUCCUGAUACUCCAAAAGUCCGCGUGACGUUUGAUAUUACACAAAUUGCCUCUCCUGCUAUCCCGCCCGGAAUCUCUUCAGCUGUGCCCUUACUUCCUAAUGCCAACUUUACUGAACAGCUCAUACGCUACAUCGGCGGCAAAUUGACAAUUCAAGAUACUGAUCUCAACAAAGUCCGGAUCCAACUCACGCUCGAUGCCUUCCCGGGCAGUGUAAACGGAGACCAGCGAUUGAUUUUGAUAGAAAAGCCUUCACAGAUUCUGGAAAAGCAACUACAGAACAUUCGAUUCUCCAACGAGCCAACUUUACAAGACUUGACCAAGUUUCUAUCCAAUCUCAAGGGCGUGCGCCUGGUACUCCACGCGCCUGAAAAGAGCGUGUUUGCUCGGCAUUUGACGAGCUAUCUGACGCACUGGAAUACAGACAUAAGCCAUAUGCCUGUGACGCAAACUACAACGCCAGCCACGAUGCAAGGAAUGAAUGAAUCCAUCACGUCGCCAACCCAACGGUCGUCCAAUAACAAGGUACCAUCGCCUGCUAUCGAAGAAGACCAUAUCCAUUCAAUCCCGCCUGCAUUUAUCCUGAUCGACGAUGAUAUCAUGAUUCUUGAACAUAAACUAAAAGAAUGUCGUGAUCCGCUACCUGCUCAAAGGAUCCGGCCAAGAAAACCCAAGUCGAGAGCGAGCGAUGUGCUCUUUCAGGGAUCAACCAUUGCCAUCAUCUAUUUCACGUCACUUUCAAACUAUAAACGAGUGCGAGAUACGAUUCAGUGGUUCUCGACAAUGACUCAUUCACCCUAUAUGCCACGUGUGGUCGUAGUGCCCAAGCCAGCUGGACCCCGUCGAUUUCUGACGGCGCUACACACCGCAUGGAUCAAUGCUAUUGUCGAGCCACACUUUAUUCCUAUUGCCACAUCACCACUCAGUCCUUUUGUGGCCCCUCAUACGACCAUGUCUCCAGGGAUUCAGACGGAUGGAAGUUCGAGCACAGGGUCAUUUGUCACUCCGGGAGGUUUUAUGACCCCUCACGAUAGACUUUCACCUGGACGUAAUAAGUUAAGAUUACACUCUCCUAACUAUAUCGAUCACCUUGACAAAGGAACUUAUUUUACUCCCAGAGGAAGCGGCAACAAAGAAAACACUUCUCCUCUUGGGCAAGUCGUGACCAGUCCAAAAGACUCUCAACAUCAACAUCAACAGCAACAACAACAGCAGCAACAACAGCAACAACAGGAUCAACAACAACAACAGCAGCAGCAGCAACAGCAACAGCAACAGCAGGUCAAGAAAAGAAUUCGCUCUGUUAGUAACGCAAGGCUGGGUUUAUUAGAAAACAUUCAAUCACCAUCAAAAGAGAAUACGGACGUACAGCAAGAACAAAGACAGGAACAACCUAAAGAAGAAACAAAACGAAAACCCAAGAUGAACUUUAAUAUUAGCAAUCGUAAACGAAAAGAAAAGAACGCGACAGUCAGAACGAGCCCUCCAAUUACGGUGCUUAUUGUAGAAGAUAAUAUGAUUAAUCAAGCUAUCUUAUCAACGUGGAUGAAGAAACAUGGUAUAAAGUUCUCAGUCGCAUCAGAUGGAAAGGAGGCAGUCGAGAAAUGGAGAGGAGGAGGAUUUCAUCUGAUUCUGAUGGAUAUUCAAUUGCCUGUUAUGGAUGGUAUCCAAGCAACCAAGAUGAUUCGAGGCAUCGAAAAAGAACAAAAGAUUGGUGUGUUACCAUCAUUGAACACAGAAUUUCAAUCACCUGUUAUUAUUGUUGCCUUGACUGCUUCAUCUUUGGAGUCAGAUCGACAAGCAGCCCUGGCAGCAGGGUGUAAUGAUUUCCUGACGAAACCCGUGAGUUUAGAAUGGUUAGAAAAGAAAAUUACUGAAUGGGGUUGCAUGCAAGCGCUGAUUGAUAUUGAGGGAUGGAAAAAAUGGAGAAAGAAUAAAAAAUUAGAUGAUAUAAAGACGACACAUACAACAGAAGAAAAGGAGAAGAAAGAAUGGAUACUUCAGGAAAGAACGAAAGAACUGCACAAGGACACAGCAAAGGCUAUUCUCUUGCUGGGCACCAAUAAAUCAGAAGAACAGCAAACUUUACGUCAACAAUUGGAAACAAGAAAACAAAAUUUAACUUGUCACAUUGAACAAUAA